AUUUAUUUCCCGGGUCGGACACAUGUUGUUUACACUUGGCUGUGAUUGGUUCAAUUUUCGCGCCAUUGAGACUGAAUCCUUCCGAGCUGAGACCGCCAUUGUUUUGAGACGCAAUCGGUUACUCACAAAAACGAACAAAAUGGGGCUUUCAGAAGACGGUGAAGAAAGCACUAGCUCUCGAUAUGAAGAGCUAUGUCUGGAGCUUAAUAUGGACCAAGGAGCGAAGGAUGAAGCGUGGAAAAUGUUCGAAAGAAUCAAUGCAAACUACACACUUGAGGGAGAUGACCUUCACUGGCUGACUUGUGCCUUAUAUGUGGCAUGUAGGGGCUCUGUGACCCCCACUGUAGGACAGGGGAUGCUAGAAGGCAACUGUGUGUCACUUACUCGUCUCUUAAGAUCUGCCAAACUAAGUUAUAUUCAGCUACAAUGGCUUAUCAAGCAUUUCAGUCUAAUACAGUUCUUCAAUAAGAUGAAAAAAUGGAGUGAUAUGGCGAACCUUCCCACUGACUUCAGAGAUAAGGUCGACAGAUUAGAGAGAAAUUUUGCCGUAUCAACAGUUAUAUUUAAGAAAUACGAACCUAUAUUUUUGGAUAUAUUUAAAAACCCAGCCAAUGACCCACCAAAGCAGAACAGAAGUCGUAAACAAAGGCGGCUACCAUGUACUGUGUCUGAUCUGUUUGAUUUCUGCUGGUCUAUGUUUGUACAGGUGAAAGGAAACUUCCCUGCCAUCAGUGAUGACCUGGUCAACUCCUAUCACCUUCUUCUGUGCUGUAUUGACUGGUUUUACACCAAUGCGUUGUUAGGCAACAGGAGAGAUCUUCUAAAUCCAACAUUCUCAGCAUUACCAGAAAGUUAUUCAAGCAAGGAUUACAAAGUGCCUACAGAAGUACCAUGUAUUAUACAAUUACUUUGCGAAAAACAUGAGGGGAUAACACUGGAAGCCAAGGGCAUCAAAGAACACUGGUGGAAACCACAUAUCAAAAAGUUAUUUGAUAAGAAGUUUUUGAAGGGGAAGGUGGAGAACCUGACUGGGAUACUGGAAGUUGGUCACUUUGAAGCAAACAGCAAAGCUAUACGAUCAGCCUAUGAGGAAUAUGUACUGAAUGUUGGUGACUUUGAUGAGAGAAUCUUUGUCGGAGAUGAUGCAACUACGGAGAUUGGAACGCCCGCUAAAUCUGCUCAACCAAUGGCUGAUGACCUUUCAGAAAGGAUGCAGAUUAAACAGCAUUUACAAACAUUUGACCAGAACCAGUCAUUAUGUCCAGACACUCCGCUGACAGGAAGACGCUACUUGAAGGAAAAAGACACCUCUGAUGUCACACCUGUUUCCACGGCAACACAAGGUGUACAUCGGUUACAGGCUUUGUUGUCUGGUAGGAAGACCAGCCCUAGUGAGGAGUUAAUGAGCAUUUUUGAGGAAUGUUCGGUAAAUCCUAAAGAUACUGUGGUACAACGUGUCAAGAAAAUGGGGGAAAUUUUCUGCACCCAUUAUGCCCAGCCCUCGGAGAAUCACCCUGGCAGCCAUAUUGAUUUUGCCAGAAAGAGACUGCAGCUUGGCGAGAGUCUGUAUUUUAAGACACUGGAGAAUAUCAUGGUUUAUGAGAAAAGAAGAAUCCUGGCCAGUCACAGAGAUAGCACAGGAAGAUGUGACUUUGCUUACUUGCUGGAACAGGAUGUAUUCCACCAGUGCCUAUUUGCCUGCUGCUUGGAGAUUGUCAUCUUCUCAUACAACUCACAAAGAUCAUUCCCCUGGAUUAUGGAGGUGUUCGAUUUACAGGCCUAUGACUUUUACAAAGUAAUCGAGGUGUUGAUCCGUACAGAAGAUGGCCUGUCUCGAGAUGUAGUGAAACACUUGAACCAUGUCGAGGAGACGAUCCUCGAGUCUCAGGCUUGGAAGUACGGCAGCACUAUAUGGACAGCUAUCAAAGAACAGGGAGAUGUUGUACCUUCUUGUGAACAGGUGACGCUACCCAGCCAAAUAGACAAAGGGGAUGCUAGUGCAAGUGUAUCCUCCUCUCCACUGAUUCAUCCCACUGUGAAAAGACUAGCUGGAGAGGGCAGGGCAGCUUUCGUCAGGUCAGACUCCGCAAAGAAAGAUCCUAUGAUGUCACCUACUGGUCCAUCAGCAACCGAUCGAUUCGGUUCACCAACUCCCGGUGGUGCCAAAAGGAGAUUGUUCGGUCAACAGGGGGGAGAACAGCAGACAAUCGUGGUGACGGCCCCAGGAUCAGCCUCAGGUGGAACAGAUACAGCAGAGGGACAGGGGCAGGCCCCCAAACCUAUGACAAUGUACCACCAGGCCCAGACGCAGGAUGGCCGUCAGGUCCUUAUUCCAGUUCAGAUUAUAGCUGCAGGAGCUUCUGGUUCAACGGUUGCAGGUUUAGCCAAAGGAUCCACUCCUAGUAAGCCUCAGAACAAACCCAAGCGUGGAGGAUCACUGGGGCUAUUCUUUAGAAAGGUGUACCAUCUUGCCAGCACUCGCUUGAGACAUCUCUGUGAACAAUUAGGAAUUGAAUCAGAAUUACGCCAAAAAAUUUGGACUCUAUUUGAGCAUACUUUAAUAAAGCACAUAGACCUCAUGAUGGACCGCCAUAUAGAUCAGCUGUUAAUGUGUGCGACUUACGUCAUGUGUAAAGUCACUGGUGAUACGCAGUCUUUCCAGGAUAUCAUGAAAUGUUAUAGGCUACAGCCACAGAGCCAAAGUCAUGUAUAUCGCAGUGUGUUGGUGAAUAACAGACGAAGACAUCACUCCGGCAGUAGUGAUAGUAGUCGCAACGGGGCCAGUGGGACAUCAUCUCCAGUUGACCAAUCAAAAGAGGAGCGAGAGAAACAAGAAAAAAAGCGUGCUGAACGUCUAGCUAUGAUUCGUUCAACGAGUACUCUACCCCCCUCUCACGAGAACAGCCAACCCCCUACCCCCACAAGACUAGCAGGCACAGGGUCAUCAUUUGAGUUUGAAGAGCGUGGUGAUCUCAUUAAGUUCUAUAACACCAUAUUUGUCAAGCGGGUGCGGAGUUACGCUGUCAAGUUUACCACUGGGAAAGAAGAGAAGAAUGAUGCUCCUAUGCUGUCACCGUUGCCUUUACAUAGGACCCAACCCACUUCCCCUAGACGUGUGUCCAACAACCACUCACUGUACAUAUCCCCACACAAAACAUCAGGGGAGCCACAGACACCCACCAGUAGACUACUGUGGUGUUUCAAUAAAUCACCCGCCAAGGAUUUAAAAGCGAUUAACAAUAUGUUGCGUCUCGGAGAGCGAAAGAUCACAGCGGGAAAACGUCUACAUCUUCGGGAUGAAGAUAGUUCAAGCGAUAACCCUACCAAGAAAAUGAAUCUCGGGAACUCUAUUAUUUUCAGUCAGAAACUACAAGCCGUCAAUAGUGAUCGUUUAAAGGGAGCAAAUGGAACAGGUGGCACCUAGUACCGCACUGUUGGAGAAUCGACAUUUCGAACUCGCAUCAUGAAUAAAUUAUUUUUGAUGGAAAUCUUUUGACUGAAGCAAAAAAUAAUCAUGGAGUAAGAAAUUAUAAAUACCAUUGUGAUAUGGUAUGGAAAAAUUAUGUGCAAAUAUUAAUCAAUUCAGGGGUGAUAUGUUGUCUGCUUGGAUUCAAAGUGAGGCUGACCUUGACCUUGAUUCAGCAGACAACACUUUGGGAGUAUGUAACAACAAUUUCACAUGUGAUCUCAAAACAUGUAAACAUAACACAAUAAGUCUAUAAAAUAAUAGGUGUAGAUUAAAAUAUAUCGUAGUCCUUAAUAUUAGAAACAUAUUUUAUGGGUGUGGCAAAAGUUAGUAAACCGCAACAUAUUCCCAAGUUAAACAAACUAGCAUUGUCUAUUUCUUGUAAUUUCUACAUCGGGUAAUGGUGAAGAUUGAUAUAUAUA